GUGCACAGGGACAGUCCGCAAAGGGCGGGGGCCACAGCAGCUUGUCAGGACCGCUGCCGAGUCACUUGCAGAGAGGGCCAACCUGACAGGGGGGAAACUGAGGCAGGGUGUGGCCCUGGAGACUGAUGGUCGGAGCUGGACCUCUCUGCAAGAGUGCCCUCCUCCCGCUGGUAGCUGGGGGCCGGGUGGGAAUCUGACCUGGAGAGCUUUGGCCACAGGCCAGGUGCUGGGACCUGGGGCCUGCUGCUGGACACCCUCAGCCGGCCACCUGGGAGCAUGAGUGAGUGGGAAAGGGAGACAGAGGAGGAUGAGGGAGAGGUUGCUUCAGAUACUGUCCCCAUGCUGCCCCGGCUUCCUGAUCGCGGCGGCUCAGCCCUGCUGUCCGCUGGGGGUGCCAGCCUGGCUGCCCAGGCCCUCGGGACCCUGCUCCACCUGCUGCUGCCCGCCUCCGUGUUCCUGCUGGUGCUGCUGCCCGCAGCGGCCAUCGUCUACCUGGGAUUUCUGUGCCACUCCAGGGUCCACCCGGCGCCUCGCCCCGCCUGCCGCGCGGUGCUGUCCGACCGAGGCUCGGCGGCGCUCAUCGUGUCCGGCUUUCUGUCGCUGCCUCCACUGCUCGUGCUCGCCUCGGCCGCCCGCGCCCGUCUGGCUCGGCGCCUCGGCCCGCUGCUGCCUCUCCCCAUCUGGAGCCCCCGACUCUGCCGCCCCGCAGAGUCCAGCGACCCCGGGGAGCAGCAGCUGUGCGCCUGGGUGUGACCCCU